GCUUUACUCUCUUUUGCGCGCCUAAAUACUGUCUUCGCUGUUCUUCUCCUCUCUUUGGGAUCUAGCCGAAAUUCGUCACUCUCCGUCAAAUUCGGAAAAUUCUCCUCUUAAUCUUUCGUACAUCUUCGUGGUGAGAAUUCAAUCCCGUCGAGUUGGGUACUGUUUGUCGGAGAUUUGUCAGUGUAUGAAUCGAAAUGGGUGAAGUGAAGAACAGCUUUUCUGAGAAUCAAGAGACCCAGCCGAUUGAUUCUCUUCCCUCUUCGCCCUCUGAUUCUGGCGAAGGUAAAGAUCGUUUCCUUGGGAAUUUUGGCGAUGGGUUUAUGCAGGACACAGCACCUUUUGAGGACGAUGCCUGGAUCAAUGAUGAGUAUAUGGAGACUCAGGUCAUAGACGCUGAAUUUGAUAACGAAGAUUUUCUUCUUUGUCGUGAAACUCAAGCUGUGGAUUUGGGAUUUGAAACUCAAGAAGAACCACUUGUGGAAGGGAAACAGUUACUCCACGCUACUGAUGGCUUGGCUACACAGGUGCUGGAUCAUUUUGAUGAUGAAGUUGUUGCGGAUAGUGAUUAUGAUGUUACUGUUUUCUUGGAGGACAACAGCGAGCUCUCUGACUGUGAUGACUCGCAUAGAAGAGGUGGAAAUUCGUCACCGAGUGUGGAUAACAGAGAGCAAAACAUCAAACAAACAGGUGCCGUUGAUACUCGGUCGAAUGAACCUGGAAUCUCUGAAAAGGUGGCUAGGUUUGCUUCAGUUCGUUCAGCAGCUUUUCGUGCUUCUGCUGUGGCAGCUCGUGUUGCAACCCAAAAGCUUCUCAACAGUGACUGUUCUACUUUAGUCAACUGUCAUUCCUCUGGUCAAGGAGCCACACAUAAUUCUCGUCUUGAAUAUAAUGAUGGAGAAUUAGGGAAUCAGAAAUGCCCUCCCACUAUGUCUGUCGAAAAGAAAAAGGAAAAUAGAACAGCGAGGAAGCUUUUCCUUGAGGAUGAUUUGCCUGAAGAAAACUUUCCUUCUCCUGGUUUGAGUUAUAUUGACUCUCAAGAGCCUGGUGAGGCAUCUCAGGCCAGUGCUCUUAAAAUUGUUGAUAAACUCAUUAGUGAGUCAUGUUUAGAGUUUGCUGUUGAAGUUGAAGCUGAUUGUGGAAGGAGAAAAGAAGAAAAAUCAAAAUCUGUUCCGAGUGUUAAAGGUCCACAAGAGUUAGCAAAGAAAGUAAGUUACAAAGCGAGAGCUGUUGAAAACGAUGUUUUCGACUGGGAUGAUAACCGUGAGGAUGAAGGAGGGGGUGAUAUUUAUCGUAGAAGAAGAGAAGAAUUCUUUGGCUUUCCAAGUAAAGCACGGGAAUCUUCUACCUUGCCUAGAAAACAGAAAAGAGAAUUGAUUCAUGAAAGUCGUAGAGGACUUGGAGUUGCAGUGGAUAAAAGAAGGGCUCAUUCUGAUUCCCAACUGUUGCAGCAUAGAGUGACUAGGAGCCAAAAGAAGGUCCAGGCCGCUAAAAAGAAUCUUGGCAAAGAGUUAGAUGCAGUUUCCGAGGACAGUAAUAAUAGAAUGUCUGAUUUGCGUGAAUUGGUAGCUUUAGGGUAUGAUGCACAAGAGGCUGCUGAAGCUAUUGAUGCUUUUUGCUCUGGAGACCGCGGAAAAUUUGAUGCUGAGGCAAGUUGUCUUAGAGGAAAGAAACUGUCACCGGGAGAAGAGAGAGGGUUUUCUAAUGGUGGAUUCAUUACUAGACAAUCCAAGGGAACAAAGAGGAUUCAGGCUAUGGGUAAAGAUGAAUUGUUGAAAAGUAGAAUGAAGAAGGCUAGCCCGAAUCCUGCUAAAGCUUGUGGGAAGAGUAUCGAAAGGUCUUCAAAGGGUGGCCAGCUUGAUAAGGAAGGUCCAUGCAGCGGGAAGAGAAGGAAGUUCCAGACUGCUUCACCAGAGACUAAAAAGAAUCUUGUUGAUGAGUUGGAUGAAAUUUCCAAGGAAAGUAAUACAAGUAUGUUUGAUAGGCGUGAAGAGGUAGAAGCAGGCCCUGAUACCCAAAUGGCUGCUGAAGCGAUCAAUGCUCUGCACUCUGGAGACGCCAGGGAAAUCGAUCCUGAGCCAAAUUGUCCUAUAGGUAAGGAAUCUCUACGGGAAGGAGGCAUUUCUAGUCGUGGAGUUGGUACCAGGAAAUCCAAGAGAAUCAAGGGGAUUCAGGCUGUGGAGAAUGAUGAUGAAUCGUUGAAACCAAAAACCAAGAAGGCUAGGUCAAUUCUUGCUAAGGCUUGUGAGAAGAAUAUGGAUAGUUCGAGGAAUGAAAAACUUGAUACGCCAGAUGAAGUUACUUUGUCAAGUACUGAGAAGAGACGAAGAGAUUUAUCAAACAAACAUUUUACGUCUAAGCAACUUAAGCAAUCAACUGGAUUUGAAGCAGAGGUGUUGAGUUAUCCCAAGCAGAGAAGAUCAGCUCGUAUUUCGCAAGAUCAGGUUAAUGAGGCAGGGAGGAGUUCAGAUCCCGCUUUUGAUACUCCAGUUAAGUCUAAGGCGCCUUCAAAGAAUGUAUCACCUAUAUGCAUGGGAGACGAGUAUCAUAGACUUUCUUGCAAGGAUUCACGUAAAUCAAACACUACAAGGGAAUUCCGUAGCUUAACCUCACCAUUAGUGGAACCUAUUCACGAGACGAAGAGUACAAGAAAGAGAAGAGAUUUGGGUAGUGUACGUGUCUUGUUCAGCCAGCAUCUUGAUGAAGAUAUGACCAAGCAUCAGAAGAAGAUUUUGGCUAGGUUUGAUAUCUCGGAAGCAUCCUCCAUGAUGGAGGCAACACACUUUGUAGCGGAUAACUUUGUGCGCACAAGGAACAUGCUGGAAGCAAUCGCUUCAGGCAAGCCGGUGGUGACAACACAAUGGCUUGAAAGCAUCGAUCAAGUAAACAUAUAUGUUGACGAGGAUCCUUACAUACUCAGAGACUCAAAGAAGGAGAACGAAUUCGGUUUCAACAUGGGAGUUUCUUUGGCUCGUGCACGCCAAUAUCCUCUACUACAGGGGAGAAGAGUCUUUAUCACCCCAAAUACAAAGCCUGGUCUAAACACAAUCACGACAUUGGUUAAGGCAGUUCAUGGAGUGCCUGUAGAAAGACUCGGAAGAUCUGCCUUAAGCGCAGAUAAGGUCCCGGAGAAUCUUCUGGUCUUAUCUUGUGAAGAGGAUCGCGAUAUGAGCAUACCGUUCCUUGAAAGAGGGGCAGAGGUCUAUAGCUCAGAGUUACUGCUGAAUGGGAUAGUUACUCAAAAGCUAGAGUACGAGAGGUACCGUCUCUUCGCUGAUCAUGUUAGGAGAACGCGGUCAACGAUAUGGAUCAGAGAUGGGAAAGGUGAGUUCCAACGCCGUAGAGGGUAAAGGAGGAAAUGUGAUCAAAAUAUUUCCUUGUAUGAAAGCUCUGUUUUAGAUCCAGUUCAUUACAUAGAUUAGAAAGUGGUUGUAUAUGUAAUAUGUAAUAUGUUCUUGUCUUUGGCUUCAACUCGUCUAAUUAUAAACUGGUUGGAGUUUUAUUAUUUUCAUUUUAUUAUUUUCAUUUUAUUAGGAGAGUUGGAUUUGAGUGAUACAAAUAAUUGG